AUGCCGGCCCCAGCGCGCAAGCGUGCUCGCAAGGAGACGCCGGAGGCAGAACAGCCAGUACCCGAAGCAUCAACCUCUGCGUCCGCGUCCGCGCCACACCUCGUCUCCUUCCUGACCGGGUAUGCGGAGCGUGCAGACGAGUCGGGAUCUGACGACGAAGGGUCGGACAGUGCGUCAGAGGGGGAGGCUGACGAGCCCGAUGAGCUGGACGACGAGGACGAGACGCCACACACGCCAUCGAAGCGUGUCGGGCUGGUCGGUACGCCGAGUCGGCGGAAGCGAGGAUCAGCAGCCACCACCCCACGCAAGCCGCGCACGCCUGGGACAGCGCGCAAGACCAAACCCGUCCUCCAGCCCGGAGACGAUGGAUACAUCCGGCCGUCGCGAGCUGAUGCGUACUUUAUGGCGGCGUCACGUGGAGCCCAGACGAGCGGACGCUCGUACGCUUCCCUCGCGGCACCCCUCUCGCAGGCCGAGUAUGAGGCGACGGCUGUCGGUGCGCGCGGUGCGACGAGUCGUGUCCAGACAACGAUGGAGGUCACUGAGGCGUACUUUCCCCAGUGGGAGGCCGAGCUCGAGGCCGGUUUCAACCUCCUCCUGUACGGGUUUGGGUCAAAACGACGCCUUGUCAACCGCUUCGUCUCCCGACUCGGGGAGCGCGGGCACUGCUCCGUCGUGAACGGUUACUUUCCGGGCCUGAACCUCCGCGAUGUCCUCUCUUCGCUCGAAGACAACCUCGGUAUCCCCGAUUCUCCCGCCCCACCAGGGGCGACGCCGCUCGAACGUGCCGCUCACCGCGUCUACACUCACUUCUCGGCCGAAGGGGCUCGCCCUCUCUUCCUGGUGCUGCACAACAUUGACGCCCCCGCCCUCAAGGCGACCAAGGCUAUGGCGGUCCUCAGUCUCCUCGCGUGCUCGCCAGGUAUCCAUAUCAUCGCGACGUUUGACCACGUCAACACUCCGCUUCUCUUCUCGGCCACGGCUACGGCGACCCCGCCCCAUCCCUGGCGGAAACAGCGCACACGGCAUAAGGGGGACGAGUAUAUCCCCGUCCCAGCAUCGCGCGGCUUCAAUUGGGUGUACCACUCGAUCGCGACAUACGAUGACUACGACGUCGAGCUGUCGUACGCUCGUCUGAGCGCAAGUGCACUCGGAGCGCUUGGCCAGGGUGGACAAGCAGGCGUGAGCGAGGAGGGCGCACUGCAGAUCCUGCGUUCCGUGCCUCCCAUGGCAGCGCGUCUACUCAAGCUCAUUUUAUCACGCCAACUCGGCGCCCUUCCCUCUGACCCAGCCAUGCACGUUGCCCAACCGCCAGCCGCCAUUGCCCCACCAUUCGCAAUGGACGUCGACCUCCUCCAGAAGACGGCUCGCGACCGUUUUAUCGCCCGUGAGGAGGACCGGUUCAAUGCCCUCCUCGGCGAGUUCCGCGAUCACGGACUCGUUGUCGUCGCAGAACUCGAUCCUGACGGGCGUACUGGCCGUUGGGCGUGGGUCCCCCUCGGCAAGAGCGCCAUCGAGCGCAUUCUCGAUGAGAUGAAGGAUGUUGAGGCGUAG